AAACAACUCGAAGCUUCUUCUUCUUCUCCUUCUUCUGGUUCUGUCUUCGUCUAGGUUAAUCGAAUCUCGAGUGUUGUGUUAUAUCUUUCUGCUGCGAAUCAAUGGCGCUAUGGAUGGAUGCUGGGUCGGAGCCGAUGACGGAGAAUGAAAAGGCUGAUCUCGAAGCUAUUUCUGCUCUCAAAGAAUCCGCCGCCAUCGAAUUCAAAGAGCAGGGAAAUGAAUGCGUGAGGAAAGGGAAAAAGCAUUACUCUGAAGCGGUUGAAAACUACACGAAAGCCAUUAAGCAAGGAGUUCUAAGUGACUCAGAGACCUCAAUCUUGUUCUCGAAUCGAGCCCAUGUUAAUCUACUAUUAGGGAAUUAUCGGCGUGCCCUCACAGAUGCUGAGGAAUCAAUCAGGCUAUGUCCGGGUAACGUCAAGGCGGUGUAUCGAGCUGCAAAGGCAUCAAUGUCAUUGGAUUUGCUGAACGAAGCAAAAACUUACUGUGAAAAGGGAAUCGAGAAUGACCCGAGUAACGAGGACUUGAAGAAGCUUCUAAAACAGGUGACUUCAAAGAAGCACGAGAAAGAACAACACGAGGCUCAAGUCUCAAAGGCAGUGGUGGAAGCCAAGGCUUGUCUCUCUGCGAUCGAGAACAGAGGCGUGAAGAUUGGCAAAGCAAUGUACCGAGAACUCACGGGUUUGAAGAAGCCAAUGUUAGAUAAAAACAACAUCCUACAUUGGCCUGUCCUGCUUCUUUACGCAGAGGCCAUGACAAGUGACUUUGUCGAGGACUUCUGCGAAACAGACAUGUUUGCAACCCAUCUUGAUAUGAUGUUUUCAGAAGAUAGCCCGCCGCUGCCAUGGGAUAAAAACAACGAAUACACGCGUGAUGUGAUUGAGCUUUACUACGAGGCAUGUUCGGGAACUCCUCUGCCUAGGAGUAGAGUUCUCCAGUAUCUUUUAGAAGGUACAAAAGGUGCUCAAGCUGAAACCACCGGAGAAGAGGACACAAGCUUACCCAAAACACUCCCAAACCUGAAAGGAAGACAUUCGUCGGGUAUGGUUAAAGUGAACGAGCGAAGAACAUUGCAUGAUGUGUUGAAAGAAGCUAACUUUGUCAUCCCUGAGAUCCCAGUCUUCUACGUCGUAUCGAAGAGGUCCAAAUUUUACAAGGACUUUGUCGCCGGAAAAUGGAGUCCACCAAGUUGAAGCGUUAUAAAAAGGAUGGCAAUAGGGUUUCGAAACUUCAAACGUGUACGAGUGACGAACGUUUUUUGGCAUCUCUUUUGUUUUAUUGAUUCGCAUCAUCCAUUGCAUCUCGUUAAAAAGAUAAUAGGUAGCAGAUUCAGAAAAUUUUACCGUC